GUACGAAUGACAAGGACUGGAUGUUAUUCAGACUUUUAUUUUGAUAUAACAUUUAAGCCUGAGCAACCCUGACGUUUAUGUCGCACGUGAGUGUUUGUGGAAGUGAAGAGAAGUUGACCGUUUUUAUUAAAGACAAUGGGUCGCUUGGAUGGGAAAGUGAUUGUGCUGUCCGCUGCUGCACAGGGCAUCGGAAGAGCCUGUGCUAUAGCUUUCGCAAAGGAAGGUGCACAAGUCACAGCUACGGAUAUCAAUGCGGAGAAACUCAAGGAGCUGGACGGCAUUCCAGGUAUUAAAACCAGGGUGGUUGAUGUUACCAAGAAAGACCAAGUAGAGGCCCUGGCCAAGGACUUUGACCAUGUUGAUGUGCUCCUCAAUGUUGCUGGAUUUGUCUAUCACGGCUCUAUACUAGACUGUGAGGAGUCGGAUUGGGACUUAACCAUGAAUUUUAACGUCCGCAGCAUGUAUCUGAUGAUCAGGGCAUUCCUUCCAAAGAUGCUGGCUCGUAAAUCUGGAAAUAUCAUCAAUAUGUCGUCUGUGGCGUCUAGUAUCAAAGGGGUUAUGAAAAAAUGUGUUUAUAGCACAUCCAAAGCCGCUGUCAUCGGGUUGACCAAAUCGGUGGCAGCUGAUUUUCUCGAGCAAGGGAUCCGAUGCAACUGUGUCUGUCCUGGUAUGCUACUUUUUGGUAUGUCCUUAUAUCGUACCUUAAUGGUUAUCCUAAGCAGUCUGUCUACGUUUACAGGAACAGUAGAUACACCAUCAUUACGUGAGAGAAUCCAGGCCAGCCUUAUAUUAUAUUAUAAGAUCCCCUGACAAGGAAACUAGACAACAUUUUCAGAGUUUCAGUUCUAUUUGUCACCUUUCAGGCUUUUAGAGACUUAAUGGCCAGACAGAAGACGGGUAGAAUGUGCACCGCAGAAGAGGUGGCACAUCUUUGUGUCUACUUGGCCUCAGAUGAGUCUGCCUAUGUAACCGGAACAGAAGCCAUCAUUGAUGGAGGAUGGAGGCUCUAAGGACGUGUUGUUGCAUAAACAUGCACAUAAUUCAGCAUACAAAGUAUUAUAGAUAAUUACAACUGACAAUCAGUGAAUAUAUCUAACAUUUUUAAUUCUGCUAGAAAAUCACUGCCUUAGUAAAUUUUUGACUAGGUUGUAUUAAUUAGAUUUAAUGAGUUUAAGAUGAUAAACCACACAUUAUGAUUUGUUUUGCCAUUUUAUUUUUUUUUAAAUAUAGGGAAUGUUAAUGUACGUCACCGCAGUGUUGCAUUAUGGGACGUGGGCGCCAUGUUUAGAGGCACCGCCGACCGCUAUGCCAUUUAAUUGUGCGUGUGUUCAGUUAAAAACUAGGUAAAAUUGAAGAAGAACGGAAGAAAUCGAGAAGUUGAAAGAAAAAGAGAAUGGACCCUAUCGGGAGAAACUGAAUGCUACUGCCAAAAAACUUUAUUUGGACAAAUAAACAACAUAGAUCCAUGAUUUAGCAGCCCAAGACUGGAUUACGGAUCCAGACGCACUACCUCCGCUUACAUAUCUGAUAAAUUACCUUGUUUUUGCAGGACUUUAUUUACACUUUGCAGGAGUUUAAGAGCUAUAAAUCUCUUCAAGCUUAAAGUAAGAUGACACUUCUUCUUUUGAAGUCUUAUGACGGUUGGCAAACCAGCUAUUUACUGACAAUGUGUUAAUACCUAACGUUACGUAUCUUAAUGAUUCUAUAAAAAAAACUUCUCCGUUGUAUUCUGUGCAAUGAAUAAACACAUGUUCAUAAGGUGGCACUUCUGUUUUGUCCAAGUUAUUAAAACAAACAAAAUGCUAAAUAUUUAGCUAACGUUAUGUUAUUUAAAGACUCACAAGCAGUGGGUUUGAGCAGUUGCAUUUAAUAAAAAAUAUUUGUUACAAUCGUCAAAAUUGUCUAAAUAUUUAUUUUUAUAACUCAUGUGUUUAGGGUGAUCAGAAAUGAAUGAAUCAAUCUAUCAAUAACUUACAUUUGACAAGUUAGUUUGACAGUGUUAGCAUAAAAACAAGACAAUUUAAGUGGUUCUGCUUUUAUUAAUCACAAAUUACUGAAUGACUGAAAAUGCAGCGAACACACUCUCGCUGAUGUAGGGAUUUUUUUGAAAAGUAGACGUUUUUCUCCUGAUUGCAGCAGGCAAACCACGCGAUCCGGCGUCUUUUCGUCAGCUCCUGCACCGGCUUCCUUUGUUUUUUCCACGAAUAAAAGCUGAAAAAACGUAUUCCGUUGUUCAGUUUACUUCCUGAACGAUCGCGUGACCUGCUUGAUCGAGCAGUACUGACCAAACAUAUCGAAGUUUAUUAAAAUCUCGACAGAAAAUACAAAAACAAUCUCCAACACAUGAACUCAAAUACAGCGGGAUAGGACGCGUGCCUGCAAAUAUGGCGGAUUAUCCAUAUUGCAACACCGCGUGACGUCAACUCCACAUUCCCUAUUAAGAUUUAUUAGCGAUUACAUGUUUUAUUAUGUUAUUUAAAUUAAAUGAUUGCGAAAUGUAUUUACCCAAACUCUAACAACAAGAAAAACUAUGUAACGUUACAUGGGACAUUGACGUUAUUACACCGAUGAAAUACAUAUUGGGGUGGUUUCCCGGACAGGGAUUAGCCUAAACCAGGACUACUCCUUAGUUUAAUUAGGAAAUAUAACUAGUUUUAACAAACAUGCCUUACUAAAAACAUUACUGGUAUGCACUUUGGGGCAAAACAAAGGGCACGGAAUGUAUUUUAAGAUAUGUAACGUUAAGUGCAAAUUGUUUCCAGUUUGGAAAGCUUAUACAUUUAUUUUAGUCUAGGACUAGUCUAAUCCCUGUCCGGGAAACCGCCCCAUUAUGCUUUAAUAUUAAGGGAAUUAUUUCAUAUAAAUACGUAUAAAUGAAUUAAACUGUAAAAACGCUGCAUGUCAGUAUUAACCAGUGUGUGAUUUAUUACAGUACUAUAAUAAACAGACCAUAUGCCACACUGUUCUUCAGUCAGACAAAACACCAUAUGGCCCUAAGGGCAGGGACACACCAGCGUUUAGUCCCCUACACAAGCCGAUUAACCUGUUGAAUAACUUUAACCAGUCCGUUUCUUACUCAGUACUCGACUCGUGAUAAUCCCCCUUUUUACCACGCAAAGUUAACACAAACCAAGCAUUAUGUAAUUGUUAGAAUCUAAUUCUAAGCAGGUCUAGAGGUAUGUUUCCUAGUCUGGAGGUCUGGGGCCGUAUUCACAAAGAAUUUUAUCUUACCACUAAGAGUACUCCUAAAUCGCACUAAAAGAUUUUAGCUAGGAGUUUUCUCUUAAAAGUUAUUCACAACGCCUUUCAGACCUACUUUUAGUAAGGAAAAAUGAUUACUCCUAAACUAAAAGUGAGUCUUCGUUGCUACGGAUGACGUCAAUUCUCAUGCACGAGCUGACUCGCAAUGACUACGGUGAUUGGUUGUUAGAUGACAGGGCUGUCAUGCGGAACAUAACACAGACGCACCAAAUCAAUUACAACAUCGAAAUAUGUCUGUGUCCUAAACAAAAUAAUAAUAGUAAUGCCAUCGAAAUGCAUAUAUAAAAGAAAAGUCGUGAAUGAAAUUAAAUUAUAUCAAGGUAGCCUAAUACCCAAAUGAAAACCGACAAUUGCCUAAUAAUAAAAAACGACAUUGCAUUAACACUUGCUUGAUUAAUUUACACCCUAUUAGCCUAAAUAGACUACUUAAAGCAAGGAAAUGUUGCCCAUAUUGAAGAAGCCUAAUGUAAUAAAUAAAUGACGUUGCAUUAUGAACUCGCCAAAACGGAAAAGAAAGCCCAACUGGAUGCAGGAUCAGCUACUGCUGCUGUCCCAGUUGGUGCUGGAAAAAAGAAACACAAUAAAAGGGAAAUUCGGCACUGAGAUAUCAAGCAAAACUAAGCGUGAGACGUGGGAGACAGUGAUACGCGGGUCAAUGUACAAAACAACCGGCACCCGACCAACGUUUUCAAAUAACCCACCCGCAACUCGGACCGCAAAAAAGAAAAAAGAAAUAUACUCGACCCGCUCCCUGGCCCGCAUUUUAUUUAAAGUAGUAAUUGUUUAAAAUAGUUAACUGGCAUUUUUAUUUCAAACGACCCGACCGACCGCGACCCGCAUAUCAUAAAAACAUUUUUGGAUGACUCGUAACCACAGGCACCCGCUCAUUUCGGAUCCGAAAUGAUCCGCGCAUCACUGAUGGGAGAGGAUUUGUUUGCAGAUCAAUGCAGCAUUCCCGCUUGUGUCGUUGCUUGGUCGCGGACCCCGGGCGACUGCGAGAGGCGGUGGUAUGCAUUACAAUCGCAGUCAAGGGUUGAGAUUGCAGCCUUUAAACGGGCAAGCAUGGCAACAGGUUGGCGUACAAUAUUAAAUAUAUAGCCUAAAAUCAUUAUUGUUUCAUGUAAUUCUAAAAACUUCCUGCUUGUCAUGAAUGUAAUGAAUUAUGAAACAAAUGUCAUAAAAAUAUGCUUACAUUAAAGUGUGCUUUUAAGGCAAUGCUUUUGAUUUGGUGAAACUGUCCAUGUAUGCGUUAAUCAGCACCUAAGCCAUUUUACGAUCCUUUGUGAAUAGGUCCCCAGCCAACAUUGACAUGUGGGCCCCACAUGGGUCCCAUCUGGGCAGCAUGGGUUACAUGUGGGC